AUGCCGCAGGAUCCCAACCUCUACGGCCAACCACCGCCCAAGAAGCGCAAAAGCAGCAUGACUCUUGGCAGCUCGCUUGACUUCACUGCCCAGCUCACCUCACUCAUGUCAACGCCUGCCACAACAACCUCAGCGCCAGCCCGGCCUCGACCCUCCAAGAUACGAGAAGGCCUCUUUGGAGGAGCCGCAACGUCCAAACGAGGAGAUGGCGACGCCGGCAGCGGGUAUAAUAAGAGGCCUGCAGACGCAACAGCCAGCAACAAGUUGAACCUGAAAGACCCGCUCGGUACAGAAGAAGAAACGUCAAAUCUCGCUCCCGCGCGACGCAAGAUGGAAGAGAAAGCACGCCUCUACGCUGCCAUGAAGCGGGGGGACUACGUCCCCAAGGAGAACGAGGCAGCGCCCCUAAUAGACUUUGACCGGAAAUGGGCCGAAUCCGAAGCGGCCAAGGACAACAAGAAAGACGUCGGCGAUGCGAGCUCCAGCAGCUCCGAGGAGGACAACGAUUUCGAUGACGGGGCCAACGAGGACAACGAGAUGAUAGAGUACGAAGACGAGUUCGGUCGUCUCCGCCACGGCACCAAAGCGGACAAGGAACGCCUCGAACGCCAGCGCCGGCGCGGCCUUCUCGGCGCCGAGGAGCUCGAACGCAUGUCCGCCCGUCCCGCGGCCCCCGCGAAGCUGCUGUACGGCGACGCCAUUCAGACCAUGGCCUUCAACCCGGAAGACCCGGACAAGAUGGCGGAGCUGGCGAGGAAACGAGAUCGCAGCGCCACGCCGCCUGAUGCGAGGCACUACGAUGCCGAUAGCGAGAUUCGCACCAAGGGUACGGGCUUUUACAAGUUCAGCAAGGACGAGGGGACGAGGCAAAAAGAGUUUCAGGGGCUCGAGGAGGAGAGGCUGCGGACGGAGGCGGCAAGGAAGGAGAGGGAGGAGAAGAAGGAGUCGAGGCGAAAGGAGAUUGAGCAGCGGAGGAAAGAGGUAGAGGCGAGGAGGGCCAAGAAGAUGGCCGAGAAUUUUUUGGAUGGGUUGGCGGCAGACAUGAAUAGUGACCAUUGA